GGCUCCGUGCGCGGACUCCGGAGCCAGCCGCGCUCCCGCAUUCCUGCCGCCUCCCGCCGCCCGGCCCGGCCCGGCCCCGGCCCCGCUCCCGGCCCCGCCGCCGGCCCCGCGCCUCCGCAGCGCGCAGCAGGUCGUCGCGUGUCGGUCGGGGCUCGGGCUCGGAGCCCAGGGCAGCCAGCACCAUAGCGUCCAACAGCUGGAACGCCAGCGGCAGCCCCGGGGAGGGGCGGGAAGAUGGCCAGGACGGCAUGGACAAGAGUCUGGACAACGACGCCGAGGGCGUGUGGAGCCCGGACAUCGAGCAGAGCUUCCAGGAGGCGCUGGCCAUCUACCCGCCCUGCGGCCGGCGGAAAAUCAUCCUCUCCGAUGAGGGCAAGAUGUACGGUCGCAAUGAACUGAUCGCCAGGUACAUCAAGCUGCGCACGGGGAAGACGCGGACGAGAAAGCAGGUGUCCAGCCACAUACAGGUUCUAGCUCGGAAGAAGGUGCGGGAGUACCAGGUUGGCAUCAAGGUCUCUAGCCACUUGCAGGUUCUAGCCCGGCGGAAAUCUCGCGAGAUUCAGUCCAAGCUGAAGGCCAUGAACUUGGACCAGGUCUCGAAGGACAAGGCGCUGCAGAGCAUGGCUUCCAUGUCCUCCGCGCAGAUCGUCUCGGCCAGCGUCCUGCAGAACAAGCUCAGUCCCCCUCCUCCUCUUCCUCAGGCUGUCUUCUCUGCUGCCCCCAGGUUUUGGAGCGGGCCGAUCCCCGGACAGCCUGGACCCUCUCAGGACAUUAAACCGUUUGCACAGCCAGCUUACCCCAUCCAGCCGCCCAUGCCUCCGUCGCUCGCCAGUUACGAGCCCUUGGCUCCGCUCCCACCAGCCGCCUCGGCCGUGCCCGUCUGGCAGGACCGCACCAUCGCCUCCGCCAAGCUCCGGCUCCUCGAGUACUCCGCGUUCAUGGAGGUGCCGCGGGACGCCGAAACGUAUAGCAAACACCUCUUUGUGCACAUCGGCCAGACGAACCCGUCGUACAGCGAUCCUCUGCUGGAGGCCGUAGACAUCCGCCAGAUCUAUGACAAGUUCCCCGAGAAGAAAGGUGGCCUCAAGGAGCUCUACGAGCGAGGGCCCCAGAACUCCUUCUUCCUCGUCAAGUUCUGGGCGGAUCUGAACAGCACUAUCCAGGACGGGCCGGGGACUUUCUACGGCGUCAGCAGCCAGUACAGCAGUGCAGAGAAUAUGACCAUCACGGUCUCCACCAAGGUGUGCUCCUUCGGGAAGCAGGUGGUGGAGAAAGUGGAGACAGAGUACGCGCGGCUGGAGAACGGCCGGUUCGUCUACCGGAUCCAUCGGUCUCCCAUGUGCGAGUACAUGAUCAACUUCAUCCACAAACUCAAGCACCUCCCGGAGAAGUACAUGAUGAACAGCGUCCUGGAGAAUUUCACCAUCCUGCAGGUUGUAACGAACAGGGAUACCCAGGAAACCUUGCUCUGCAUAGCCUUCGUCUUCGAGGUCUCCACCAGCGAGCACGGCGCCCAGCACCACGUGUACAAGUUGGUCAAGGACUAGGGGCCCCCUGGGCCAGGCGGGGGGCGCAGGGGAGGGAGGGGGCCGGGCAGACCAGCCGCCCGCACGCGUUGCCUCGUGAGAAACCCUUUGGAGAGAGGAGGAGGAGGAGGAGGAGGAGGAAGACAAACAAAUAGCCAAAAAAGACUGACUUGCGAUCACAGAUGUUUUCUACUUAGGAACAGUUUCUUUUUUUUUAAAUAAAUAAAAAAAAAAAAAGAAGAACGGCAAAGGAACUGUACGGAGAGAGGAGGACCGUGCCCGGCGCUGGAAGGGGAAGGACCGGUCCCCGGCGCCGAGCGCGGGCUGCCGGGGCGGAGGAUGAGGAUGAGCCCUGCCUUGGGCCGGCCGCCGGGGCCCGAGGGGAGCGGCAGGAGCGCGGCCGGGCGGAGGGACUCGGAAAAAAGAGAGAAAAAGAGAAAAGUCGAUGGCGGGGGGCAUUGAUACGUGCAAACUGUAUAUUUUUUUUAAGGCUCAUUUUCCCCCAUUUUUAAAAAUUUAAGUGCUAUUUAGUACUUUUUGGAAAAAAAAACACGUUUGCAAUGGGACAGUGACCCUUUCCUGCGCCUCUGCGGGAUCAGGGACCUGCUCCCCUUGUGCCGGCGACCGGGGAAGGUGGAAGAGCCGAGUUCGCCGGUUCGAAUCCCGAGAGAGGCAGGAAGCGGCCGCCCGCGGAGGGAGGACGCGGGGACGGAGGAGGUGGCUUGUGCAGGGGAAGCGUUGGGAUUUAGGGAGCGUGUUUCGGGUGGUCACGGCUGGUAGCCGGCUGCGUGCACGUGCUUUUGGGGAGGAAGCGCGGGGGGGUCAGAGCCUGACGUACCCCCGUCACAGCUUGUCGAGGUGGAAGGAGGAAAGAGCUGCAGUGGUGGAUUUGCCUGUUUUAAUUUGCGUCUGUAAAUUUUCCGUCUUUUUCUCCCCCUUCUCCCUUUUUCGGCUUUUUCUGUAUUGACAAUUUUCCUGGUUUAAGUUUUUCCCUGCAGCAGCGCGCCCGGGAGAGGGGCUCGUGUGGGGAGGAGGUGUCGGGGCCCGGGGGGCCGGGCGGUGCAGAGCGGGGCACAGCGAGGGCAGGUCCUGGGCAGAGCAUCCCCGCGAGCGGGAUGCGGGAGGGGACGCGGAGGCAGAGAGCGGCGGCGCUUUGGGGCAGAGGGGGGCAGCACGGGGGGGGCACGGGGCCGCGGGGGCCAGAGCUGGACCUCUCGGUUCAUGGGGGUUUCUCCGGCCGGGCUCUUGCCGGAGGGGAGCGACGGUGGUGGAGGUGCAGAGCCAAGUGCUGAGGGUGGCGGGGAGCAUUUCUAGGGGUGCUGGAGCCCAUGGUGGAUAUAGGCAGUGGUUUUUAUAUAUAUAUAUAUAUGUAUAUGUGUGUGUGUGGCUAUAGGCUCGGUGCUAUCGGGCAGCCUGCUGCAGAGCACUUUUGCAGCGAGCCCCUUUAGCAUCUCCCCCCGCGGCCCCGUAGCUCAGGAACUGGCGCAGCCUCCGCAGCAUCGCGGAGCCGGCGGCGCCCGCUGCCUUCUCUUAUGUAGCAUGUUCGUUUGUUGUUGGGUUUUUUUUUUUUCUUUCUUUCGUUCUUUCGUUUCACUCGCUGGUCUAAAACUCUGGGAAUCCAAGCUCAAGCAGCCCCGUCCUCCCGCCGGCCUCGCCGCUGCCCCCGCGGAGCCAAACUCCUCUUUAACUGGACUGGUUUGCGCCUCCCUCCAUCCCGCGCGGCCCCGGCCGAGGCCCCCGUGCACGGACGGGCUUUCGCCCGGCUCCCGGAGCCCCUUUCUCAGCCCCCCCCCAGCCCCUCCGUUCUCCUCCGGUGUAUUUAUGAAUUUCACAUGAAGUACUGUUUUAUUUUUUUAAAGACUUUGUAAAGCUUACCAGGGUUACGAUCACCAUUUUUAGAGCUGUGUCAGUCCACAAUGUUAAAAAAUCCAUUUUUUUAUGUAUUAUAUUUUUUGUGUAUUUUUUUUUAAUCCAGCUGUGAUGGGUUGUAUCAUAUAUUUGUUGUGUUUACUGUAUCUGUCCAACUUCAAAGCGAGGAGACUGUGGAGCUCCUGAGAAAACUACAGUCUGCUGAAAAAAAAAAAAAAAACCAUUAAAAUUAUUUGAUCAUGGGUUGCUCAAGCA